AUGCAGUUCACUCAGGAAAUUUCAUUUGAUAAACCCGUAUUUCUUAUCAUGUGUGGGUUUGCUGCUCGGCUGGCGGGUUACAAAGUGCUUUUGGAAAACGGUAGUAUUACGGAGCUUGUUGCAACAAUUGCUUUCGAUAAGUCCACUUUUGUCCAGUCUACUCUUACUGUUAUAGAAUAUGCUAUUAUAAAAACUCCCUUGAUGACCCUCAUAAUCACGAGCUUCCUAUUCAGAAUUUGUCACGACUUUCCAUUUAACUCGGUUAUGUACUUCUUCCACCCGUUAAUUCUGUACGUGGUGGUGUUCUACAGCGAAUUAAUGGGAAGAUGGCGACGAUUUAGGAAAGCGUACGCGGAGUGGUGGAAUAAUGACAUUGAUAUUGCUCAACAUAGGAGUGAAAGAAAAUCGAGUAAUGUUUCAGUUCAAAUUCGAGAAGAGGUUUCGUUGUUGCUUGAGGAUAUGUAUCUCAGGUUAAAAAGGAGUCUUUUCGCAGGAGUUUCAACCGCGUUCCUGUCGAUUUUCCUUCCCUGUGUUUUCGUCCCGUACAAAACAUCUUUGGGUGUUCCUCAAAAAGUACUUGUGGAUGAAGCUUGGGAAUCUGAACUAUGUAUCGUUGUUGCCUUGACAGCGUUCUCUUUGUACAUCACCUAUCUGAUGCCAUUAAACUACCUGGACUUGCUGCAUAGGAGUGCCAUCCAUCUUGGGACUUGGGAUCAAAUAGAAGGUCCGAAGAUUGGUCAGACUGGACAAGCAAAUUGGGCUCCAUCGCCUUGGGUGGCACAGUGUCUUUAUUCGGAAGGAGAGACGGUGCAGAUGCCAGAUGGAAGAUGUUAUAAGGCUCGGGGAUCAUCGUCCCUAAAAACAGUAGCC